AUGAAUGUUACUCUUAGACCAGAUCGUUCACUUUUAGACCCUUAUUUCGAGUCUUACAAGCUCAGUUUGCACAAAAUCCCUGUUUAUGAAGCGAAAGUUGAGUUUAAAGUCAAUUAUAAACCGCUUGAGGAAGUUAUUUCAAAGCAGCAUCUGAAAGCAUAUAAUAACAUCAACUGCUUGCACGUCAAUCCUUUCAAUCCGAAUUAUAUAUACUACAUAAAUUCCAAUGGAUCCGUCGUAUCAGUCAAUAUACCUCAGUGUCCACAAAACUUCAACCAGGGUACGGUUGUCUUCACAAUUCCCAAUUGGCAUAAUAUAUCGACGAAUGAAAAGUACUUCAAUGUAUCCAUACAGUUCCCUGCUCCAUCCUACAUACUGUUAUAUGAUGGUUUGGGGAAUCUAUAUCUCCUGAAAUCGGAUGUAUCAUAUUCUGAAGACUUAUUCACUGUUGUUAGCAACAUUCAGCCUCCUGUACAUGAAAAACAUAGUCAGUUGAUAGAUUGCGUAAUCAUUACUGACGAUACAAACAAUCAACUUUGCCUACAUUGCUUAUUUGUUUGUGUGUCGAAGAAAUAUGAACUUGACUUCAUAUCUGACGAUUCAACUUCGGCUUAUAUGACGUAUCUUGAUUGGAUUUCUUUUAGCUCUCCGGUAUGCAAUCUAUCCUGGUCCUUGGUUCGACACCAAAAGCUUGGCGCAUCUUCAUUUCCCGAGUUUGCUGCAUUAGAAGAUGGUGCUUCAGCGAUUCAUAUCUGCUCCGAAAGAAUAUUCCAGGUUAUUUACGACUCUAAUGAUUCAUCCUGUUGCAAAACUGAUCCUAAUAAGAGUAAUGAGUCAAAAGCAAUGGACACUGAAGAUGCGUCUGUUUUACAGGACACAAGGUUUACUGUAACGUGGAUACAAAAUGAUGCAGACGAAGACACAGAUUCAGAUUUAUUCAGCGUUGCUUUUACACUAAAUAACAUAAAACUGCCAUCAUUAUACGAUCGGAAUACUGUUCUAGUACAGAUCACAGCUGGUGACCAGUCUGAUCAUCAAGUACUUCAUGUGAAAUUGUGCUCACAUGUUUCUGUUGGAGCUGAAAAUGUCAGUAAUGAUCCAAUUACAUUAAUUGAUCACACUCUGUAUGCACCAGUGAAGCCCACAUCCUCAUGGACAUAUGACCGUAACAGCAACUGCAUUGAAAUUCAUAUGAUUAAACAAAAUACUCACUAUUGGCCUCGUUUAUUACUCGAUUCACGUGAAGAUGACAAACUGAUUAAGGUGCAGAAAUCACAACUCCCUGUUCUGGAAGACCGACCAGAUGUAGAGGCCGAUAUCACAUCUAAACCACCUUUCAAUGUCGGACAACUGGAAGAGGUUGAUUUUCCUAUGAGUGAAGAUGAUACUGAUCUGGUACUACAACGUAUUGACCAUGAACCCCUCAAAUGUACUCAUAAGGUCCAUUUAUCUGGACAUCAGUGGUUAUUCAAAGUUCGAUGUGUAUCAGGCUCAAAAUCAACUCAAGCUUUCUGCAUUCGUCACGAUGUAGAUGGGAUUGUCUGGCUACCUUUGUGUCAGUCAGUUUCUAUGACGACGAAUCCUUAUAAAGACCAGUGUAUAUGGAAACAUGUCUCAACUUUGCAAGCGUUCGGUUACGUCCUCGCAAGCAAACGGGAGUGUCGAUUUGUUUCUAGUCCAGUCUUAGUCAACAAAACUCCACUAAAAUUUGUAGCUGUUGCUGAUUCUGCGAGACGAAUCUAUGUGUAUCUUCAACCACUUCCAAGUGAUAUCAAAAAUACGGAACUCCGGAAACGUAUUGCAACUGAUUCAUCUUCCAUAGAACAAAAGAUUGUGCACGUGGCUGCACAAUAUGUAAUUAGUCUACCAACCAGUGAACCAAUAAUUGGUUUUGUUGCUAUAGAUAAACCCUACGCAUCAUGUAUAGCUUGUACACAGUCCACGCUGUACAUUUUACCAAUUGAUGGAUAA